ACUCCUCCAGCGCUUCAGUGUCCACUCCAAUUGUAUAAAUAUUACCAUCACUGUAUUACCGUACAUCAAUAUCCCCCUCUCAUCGCCCAUGUCUACGAACAUCACCUUUCAUCCUGGCUCUGUGGACGUUGCAGAACGCGUCGACCUUCUCAAACAGAAGGGCGUCACUAUUUGGCUGACCGGACUAAGUGCGAGCGGCAAGUCCACCAUCGCCUGCGCUCUCGAGCAGCACCUUCUGCAUCUGCACAAGUUCACUUACCGCCUUGACGGCGACAAUGUUCGGUUUGGUUUGAACAAAGAUCUGGGAUUUGACGAGAAAUCGCGGAACGAGAAUAUUCGGCGAAUCGGCGAGGUAUCCAAACUCUUCACAGACGCGUCGUGCAUUACCCUCACCGCGUUCAUAUCGCCGUACCGCGUCGAUCGCCUCGUCGCGCGCGAGAUCCACGAUAAAGCGGGCCUGGGCUUCGUCGAGGUUUUUGUUGACGCGUCGCUCAGCACUGUCGAGCAGAGAGAUCCGAAAGGGCUUUACAAAAAGGCUCGCGCAGGAGAGAUCAAAGAAUUCACAGGUAUCUCCGCGCCUUAUGAGGCCCCUGAGAACCCAGAAAUCCACAUCAAAACAGACCAGUGCGACAUCACCGAGGCCGUGCGGAUAAUCGCUGACUACCUGGUGGCACACAACUACAUUUAGAGCCGUAGAUCAAAUUCGAGCAUGAGAAUCUCGUGACAUAGAAUACAUGUGGAUGUGGAUGUAAAUGAGAUGCUAAUGGAGACAUGCAGGUCGAAUCGUGGAAGGAUGUAUGAUUAGAUGAUGAUUGUUACACUUGCGCGCACCUGCAGUCAAAGUUUCAGGCAGAAGAAUAUCCCGUUGCGUGCGGUCCGAGUCAGUAGUCCAGAGCCAAUGCUGGAGAACUUCGGCCAGAUGUCAUGUCCGUCGUUUCUAUAUCAGUGCCCGCGAAUUCUUCCUGCUCCUCCUCGAUGCGGUCCUCGCUCGCGUUCUCUAGCAUACGUGUCAGACCUUGUUCGGUAACACUGAGCCAGGACGCCAGAUCGUCAACGAUCCUCGCCAACUCUGCGUGCGUCUCGUCGUGCGAUGACAUGAGCGCCACAAAAUCUAGCGGGCGCACCGUUGGACCUCGCAAUGAAUUUGAUAUUGAAGAGUUUGUAGCUAGCGAUCCAUUCCGCCGAUGUAUGUCGGAAGGUUUGGGAGAAGAUGAGGGCGCUGCAGAUGCUGGAAAAUAUAUAUCUGUCGGAUGGGAAGAAUGCGGAGGUGAGCGAGUCGUAAUUGUUGGCAGACCACGAGCUGUUGAUGAUUCACUGCUGGCGACGUUCGGUAAGGGCGAUGAUGCUAAGGUUGGUGUCGGAUCGGACGGCGUUGUGAAUGUGCUUAGAUUGCUCGCAGU